UAUAUUUGUUAUGCAUAUAGAACCAGUUUACUGUACCUAUAGUGUGUCUAUGUUGUUUCAACAAACGGAGUUUUGAUGAGCCAACAACAUAGGAGAGUAACAAUCACCACAUCAAGUGUACAUAAGUGUAGAAGGUACACCAGGAAUCAGUGAAUGUGUAGAUUCAAAAAUAUAAAUAGGUUUUUUUUAUGUAAUAUUUAUUAUGAGUAAAUAAUAAAUUUACUCGCGUCGGUAGUACGAUUUCAACCGGCAUCCACAACUCAUUCAACCAACUGAUUUCUCAUACAGCAAAUACACACACGACUUCACCUACAUUUUUUUGAAAAAUAUUGUAAAAAAAACUUUUUUUCUGUAUUUUAGUGUAAAAUUAUUUAAACAAUUAUAUGAUGUUGUAUUCUUCACAUUGGCUUGUUGAAUUUUUUUUAUCUUAAUUUUGAUAAAAUAUAUAUAUAUUUUUUUAAUAAAAAAGUGUUGAUUGUUAGUUGUGUUGAGUUUUAUACAUGUGUGAAUUAUGAUUAAUUUUUUUUAUCAAAAUUUUUGUAUGUUUCAAUGUGUACACAAGGAUUGUUGAGUAAUAGAACGGUGCGAGUUAGAAACUUUCAUUUUUAUGACAACUUGUUGAAUAUUCGUUUAUUUUGUUAAAAAUUAUUUGCAACAAUUUUUUUAUAUUUGGUGCUUAAAAAUAGAUUUUAUUAUCCGGCAAUUUAGUGGCAGAUUGUGAUUUUAAAGCAAUCGAAAUUCCAAUAUACGAAUAUUUUUUUUAAAACAUCACAUCACAAAUGGCACCAAAUAACAAUGAUCAAACCUCAAUAAACAAUCAUUUUAACAAUAACGAAGAACAAAAAUUUAAUAAGAACAAUGAUGAGCAAGCAGAAGAACAAGAAAACUUCAUAGUAAAACAUAAUGGUAAAUCGUAUGAUAUAAAACGAUUUUUAAAAAAUCAUCCAGGUGGAGUUAAUUUUGUACAAGCAUUCCAAAAUAAAAGUAUUACACAUCAAUUAGAAGAGCAUCAUCAUUCACCAUCAGCCACGUACUUAUUAAAAGAAUAUGAAAUUGGUGGACGUAAAUCAGAAAUACGACAAAAACUAAAUAAUAAUAAUGAUAUAAAUACAGUAAUUCAUGAAAAAAAUAUUCAGGAAAUUAAUGAAGAUUUAGAAAAUUUAAUCGAUUGGUCAAAGCCAUUAUUAUCACAAGUAAGCGAUUUAGGUGAAAAGUACAAUGACUGGGUAGCAUCACCGGUAGAUAGAAAAAUAACGUUAUUCGAGAAUCCAGUUCUAGAGAUGUUAUCAAUAUCACCAUGGUAUAUAAUACCAGUAAUAUGGUUACCGGUAAUUGGAUAUUUUCUAUAUCAUGGAAUGGAACGAUAUACGUUACACGUAAAAACAGUUUCCUAUGUAACGAUAGUGUCAUGCAUAAUAUUCGGUUCAUUAUUAUGGACAUUACUAGAAUAUUCAAUACAUCGUUGGGUAUUUCAUGUUACACCGUCCGGGAAAUCGAAAUUCUUAAUCACAAUACAUUUUUUAUUACAUGGGUUACAUCAUAAGAUGCCAUUUGAUGAUCGUCGAUUAGUAUUUCCGCCAGUACCCGCAGCUGUUCUAUUUCUUGCCUUUUAUCAGAUAUAUUCGUUUACAAUGCCCGAACAUCUUACAUAUUUUAUUGGAGCUGGUUCAGUUAUAGGUUAUUUAUUUUACGACAUGACUCAUUUUUACUUACAUUAUGGAGCACCUAAAGAAAAUACAUUUUUAUACAAUAUGAAAAGGUAUCAUAAUCAGCAUCAUUUUGUUCAUCACAAUAGUGGUUUUGGUAUUAGUAAUCGUUUAUGGGACGUAAUAUUUGGCACAUCAAUCACUUUACCAAAGUUAAGCAAAGCUUUAAGAUGGUGAUAUUUUUACGUACAAAAUAUAAUUAUUAUCGUAUUAAAAAAUAAAUCAUUGUUGUUAAUUAUUUACUAUUAUUUGUUAAGUAAAUGCAUUAUUAUUUUUUUGUAUUAAUUUAUUUUCUAGUCCUGUUUUAAAUAAAAAAUAAAUUAUACAUACAAUAUAUCGUAUUUGUGGACCAAUCAAAUGUUUGUUAAAAAAAUGGUACAAUUGUUUUUUCGUGUAAAUAACGCCUUAAAAAAAGUACA